GAAAGCACCUUUGCUUAUAAACAAUUGUUAUCAAUUUAUAAAUUCAUUCUCGAUGCUGGUUCUUUUCCCGCUACUUUCAGUGUUUGGCAAAAUCUUGAAAGAGUAGCAUCAUUGCCAGGAUGCUGCCCAUCAUAACAUUCAUAGCUUUUUUAACAUUAUUGAGUUAUAAUGUUGUGUUGGCUCUGCACACAAUACAAUGUACGGAAAACCCAAACAACGAGUGCAUCUUUCAGUCAAUUCAUAUUACCGCUGCCAUGGAUAAUGAACCUACUCUCCAACUACCGUCUAAGGCCAAUUCUUCGGCGAUCAAAUUCAUCAAUUCUUCCAUCGAUUUUAUAACACCGAAACUCUUCCGUGACACCAAUGGAAUUCGCGUGCUGGAUCUAUCUGGUGUGCAGUUACAAGGAAUUCGUCCAGCUUCACUUCAAAGCCUUGGCGAUCUGGAAGACGUGGAUCUCUCGAACAACUAUCUUGUUGAACUACCACAGGGAAUUUUCUCAGAUGCCAUCCAAUUACGCAACUUGAACAUAUCUUUCAACAAUUUGCACCAACUAAACGGAGACAUUUUUGAGAACUGUCCAGAGCUGAGGCGACUGGAGCUGUAUGGGAACGCAAUUGCUGCCAUUAAUCAGGGACAUUUCUGGAUUUCAAGAGAACUGGAAUAUUUAAGUUUGGGUGCAAAUCGGAUAGAAAGUUUGAAUGGCGGAACAUUCAAACUAUUAGCGAACUUGACAGUGUUGGGAAUUAGGGAGAAUUAUCUUCGAGUGCUGGAUUACGAUGCUUUCCAAGGAUUAGAAUCUUUAGAGCAAUUAGACGUUUCGAACAAUGUGAUCGAACGCAUUAGUCCAGGGUCAUUCCAAGGACUUGCUAAUCUGAAGGUUAUAAUGUUAUCCGGUAACUUUCUGAAGGCACUUCCUCAAGGAUUAUUUCACAAUUUGAACCAACUCAGUGAGCUACAUUUGCAAGGCAACGAGAUAAAGCAUAUCCACGAACACGUUUUUCAAGGGCUGGUGAAUUUGCGAGUAGUCAACCUCAAUGGCAAUUGCUUAGCAGACAUUUCACCAAUUUUAUUCGAAAGUAUACCUGAAUCUAUUGAUCUGGAUUUAAGUCAAAACCGAAUAAGUUCAAUACCAUCAAAAGUUCUUCCCAAAAUGGGUACCAUUAUAAAAUUGCAAAACAAUCUCGUAGAUGUUAUAAAGCCGAAUGUUUUUGGAGAGUCGGUCAAUAUUUCAACAAUUAUGUUGUAUGGGAAUAAAAUAAAUGUUUUGGAGGAUGAUUCGUUCGACGGUCUUGUCAACCUGUCAGAACUAUAUCUCGACUACAACAAUCUGAAUGAUAUUCCGAUAAUUUUGUUCAAAGCAAACCCAGCAUUAGUUCAUAUUACUUUAUCCCAUAACUCUCUGGUUGUCAUAAGAAGUAAUUCUUUUGCUGGACUGUUCCACCUCAAUUCGGUAGAACUUUCUUUCAACAAGAUAAUAGACAUUGAAGAGGGAGCAUUCUUCGGCUCAGCAAUUAGAUAUUUGAAUCUCGAAGGAAACCGGAUUCAAUCCAUCAGUGGCGAUACUUUUCAAGGACUAAAGCUGGUUUAUCUGAAUUUGGCGAGUAAUCAAAUUAGACAAGUUGAUGGGAUAUCAUUUCAAAACCAACCACUAAUUGAAGUGCUCAUAUUAAAGAAUAAUAAUAUUGUUGAACUGCUUGAAAAUUGUUUUAACAAUCUACAGCACUUAAAAGAGUUAGAUCUGACAAAUAAUUCGUUACAUGAAAUACCGUCGAAUGCAUUUGAUCAUCUUGUUUCUUUAGAACAAUUGAAAUUAUCGAACAAUGGUUUAACUUCUAUAGAUUAUGUCAGCCUUUCUAGACUUGUUGCAUUAACAAAUCUGGAACUGCUUAAGAAUAACAUUACGAGGAUUGAAAUAUUUUCAACUAUUCCACCCUAUCUGUUACAAUUGCAGCAUCUGCAAUUAAGUUCUCAAAAUAUGAUACACUUGAACCGAACUUUCAUUAAAUCUUUACAUAUUAAUUCACUUUUGAAUGAAACACUUGAUUCUAGAGUUUUCCUGGGCAUGAUUAACUUAGAAAAACUUGAAAUCUCUGAUACAAAAAUAUCCGAGCUGCACAAUUCAAUACUUCACAGUCUGAAAUCCUUAGAACACUUAGUGAUAAUAAAUAAUCAGAUACAACAUAUACCACAGAUAUUUUUCGAUGAAUGCACUGAGUUGCAAUAUCUAGACUUGUCAAAUAACAAGCUACUGACUAUUAAUCCCAGGUGGUUUCAAAACAUGACAAUGCUAAAAUUCGUAUCCUUUGCCGGCAAUAGAAUUUCUACAAUUUUAUCGGAUACUUUUAAUUCCAUUCCAGCGCUGGAAGUUUUAUCUCUUGGGUCUAAUAAUAUUCGCAAUUUCCCCACAGAUGUGAGGCUCCCAUCGUUGAGGCAUUUGAAUGUCUCAUGGAAUCAAUUAAAUACAUUCGACCAGAGCAUUUUCACGUAUCUCCCACAUCUUCAAGAGCUAGACGUUUCAGGAAACUUUCUUACUGAAUGUUACAUUCCAUUCCGAUUAGUGUCGCUAUUCGCCUCGACCAAUAGAAUAUCUCGCAUCGUCCUUGACCCUUACGAAAAGUUUGCACUUCGUUCACUUUACUUAAACAAUAAUAAACUCCGCAUUGUAGAGGGUUUAUUCAAACUUCUGCAGUUGGAAACCGUUGAUCUAGCAUAUAAUCAGUUUCAAGAAAUAGAUCUAAGCCAGGUAUAUAAAUGGAAGUAUCUUACUUCACUAAACCUGUCACAUGUUGGAAAUAUCGUGCUUCCAACGGAGGACAUGCUGCCAACGAAUGUUAUUGGUAUAGAUUUAAGCAAUAAUCAAUUGAAAAAUUUACCUGUCAGCUUCCUCGAUGCGAUUCCAAGAGUAAACGAAAUUCAUAUCCAAGGAAAUAGUUUAAGUGACGAAAACAUAGCCACAUUGGAAAAGCAUCUUAAACACCUAAUAUACAUAGAGGCGAACCGCUCUCUUGAGUUGGAAGAUAGUGAUACCGAAUAUGUAACAACAGAUCCCAAGUAACACAUUUCAUACAAACUUAGUUGCUACAACUCGAUUGUGACCGAAUCUAGUCGCAUAUAUUUUAUGCGUAAAUUUUCUUUGAACAUGUGUGCUACUCGGGAUGGAUAUCAUUGAAAUAAUUUGACUUGUCUGGUUAUUCUGCACUAGAUUAUAAAUUAGCAAGGGAAAGUUACUUUAGCCGCCAUUGUGGUAAACAUGAUAACAUUGGAUAUUAUUAAGUAGCUCUGUAGACUUAGCAAAAACACUGCCUGUUUUCUAAAAUAUAUACAAUAAAAUAAUUUAUGCAUUUUAUUUUUGUCCGUAUACGAUACUUGGCAAAUCGAAGAAAUAAAACAGAAAAAAGGUGAUGAUAAGAAUGUGCUAUUUUUUCAUGGUAAAUUAUAAGACGGUUAUUUGAAAACAAAUUCUAACUAAAAACUUAUUGUUGUUAAGUGUGUGCAAGAUGGAAUUCACUCCAGAACAAUCAGAAAAGCCGUUUUUAAAGAAAUGACAAACCAUUGAUGCAAUUCAUGUUUUUUGGUAAAUAAAUAAUGCAAAAUUUAAACAAAAUCGAAAACUAUACAUUCAAAAUCUUGAAAAUAAAAUUCUUCAUUUCCGGAAGAGCUGAUCUUCACGAAGCAUUUCUCGAAUUUCACUACA